AUGACGAAUGCAAUGAGAUUUUAUCCAAUUUGGUGGUUAUCGUUUGAACAAUGGAUGUCACAACUGGGCAGAACUAAUACAAGAAUAUUGAAUGAUAUUCUUCUAAUAAAAAUUUUUGGAUUGACGUAUGACAUUCUACCAUCGACUAUUGCUGGCUUUAGUACAAAUAGAAAUAUAAAUGGAUAUCAGGUUCAACUCGUAGGAUGUGGACUUACAAAUGCUAAUAGAAUGCCAUCGAUUUUACAUACAGCGGUUGUUAAUAUCGUAAACAUUCACCGUUGUUUACAAAUAAUUGCUGAUCUUAGUGGAGAAAUUUAUCCUGUUCUGGAACAAAUCAUAUGCAGCAAAGGCAACCCAUACACGUUUCUUGAAUAUGGUGACAGUGGUGGUCCACUCUUCUAUCAAGGUAAUCUCAUGGCUAUUAAUAUAGCUGUCUGUCCGAAAAUGGACGGAGGAUUUCAUCCCGAUAAAUUAAAUAUUCAUAUUAGUAUCGAACCUUAUAGAGAAUUUAUACAUUCUAUUUAUAAUUCCUGA